GAAAUUUCUCUGGCAUCAAGCACGCCCACCGCGCUCUGGGCUUACAGCAACUUUACCUUGACUAUGCCUCCCAGGAUAGCUCGGUCGACUGUGUCGGUCUCUGCUCCGAAGAAAGCGCGCGACAAAAAUCGCAAGCGAAACCUCAACGCUUAUUCCAUCGCCUCACACUCUGUUCCGAGCGGCAGUGGUAUCCGCCAACAUCGCUUGGGAGAGUACCUGGACGAUGCACCCCGGCCAAAGCGACCGCGCGUUGAAGAAGGAUCUGGCGAGGAACAUAGCGACGAGGAUGCGGCGGAUACCAAGCGACGGCGGCGUACAGGCGACGGCGGGGAUGUUGAAGAGGGAAGUGACAGCGAAGGCAACGAGUGGACUCUCGGUGCCUUGAGAGAGGAUGACAAUGAUAGUGAGCUGGAUUCAGACGAUGCCUUCGGCGAAUCGGAUGAGGAGCGGUUUGCCGGGUUUACUUUCAGAGGAUCAUCAAGUCAACGAUCGAAGCACAAGGCCACAGCUCGGCCGAAGAGGCGUGGCGAGAAGGAUAACACAGGCGAGUCGGCACUGGAUUUUGAUGAUGGCAGUGAGGACGAUUUGGAAGAUGAAGGCGUAGACCUGGCGACAAUGCUCGACGAGGAGCAAGAAGGUGUUCUUGAUGGAGAUGGGGACGGAGAUGGCGAAAGUGAGGAUGAAGAGCUAGGCACGGACUCGUCUUCGGACUCAGACGAGGAGAGCGAUGGAGAGCAAGAUGAGGAGGAGCGGCUCGCUCGUAUGAGAGACCGACUGGAAGCCUUAGACCCUGCUCAGCAGCAUGCGCCGCCUUCAACAACGCCUCAACACAGCACGCUGACCGUGGAAGACCUGCUUGCUGAUCUGGACCCUGAUGCGCGCGACCAAUUCGCGGCACCUUUCAAAGCGCACAAGAAAUCAGAGCAGUCAAAGACACUCAGCGCACCUCUACCGUCUCGUCAGCAAGGCAAGCUGAAUCGCGAGGUAGCUUCCAAGAAGGCAAAGGAGCAAUUGGAUCGUUGGAAAGAUACUGUGAUGCACAAUCGCCGAGCGGAGUUUCUCGCCUUCCCUCUUCAGAACCCCGAUGAAGGCGAGGCAGUGGGGAAGGACACCUUUGUGCAAAGUCUGCCCCAGAAUGAGCUCGAAGAGAAUAUUCGCCGAAUUAUGGAGGAGUCAGGUAUGGUAUCUAAGCUGGAUCGGAACGUCGAUGAUGCCGAGGAGGCUCUGCUGGCUGGAGAAGAGCUUGCUGAGAAGCAGAUGCCUGUUCAAGACGUCGUGAGAAGGCGAGCGGAACUGAGGCGGGCGCGAGACUUGUUGUUCCGCGAAGAAAUCAAGGCAAAACGGAUUGCAAAGAUCAAAUCAAAGUCCUACCGCCGUGUCCAUCGCAAGGAAAGGCAGCGACUAGCCGAACGCGAGCGAGAACAAGAGGGUGAAGGAUCAGAUGAAGACGCAAUACAACGCGCAGAUCGAUUACGGGCGGAGAGCCGCAUGAAUACAAAGCAUCGCGAUUCCAAAUGGGCGAAAAGUCUGAAGGCGACGAACAGGACUGUGUGGGAUGACGAUGCUAGGGACGGCGUUCAAGAACAAGCACGACGACAUGAGGAACUAAGACGACGAAUCGCCGGCGACGCGAUAGACGAGGACGAGGAUGCUGAAGAUCAGAUUCUUUCGGAUGGGUCGGAUGACGAUGCAAUGGCAAUCCAAUUAGACAAUCUGGACGAAUCGCAUCAGCAUGAUAUUGGAGAGGAAGAAGGAAGGAAAGGCGUUGCAGGAAUGAAAUUCAUGCGUGCAGCAGAAGCGAGGCAACGAAAGCAGAACGAGGAGGAUAUCGAAAGAAUGAAGAGGGAGUUUGCCAUGCAGAGUGGGGAUGAUGAGGACGAGCGAGAUGAUGAGCUGGCACAAGACCAAGGACUUGGGCGGGCAGUCUUCGGUCCAAAGCCAACGGAGGACGGAGCGAUUGUGAAGACCAAGAGGCCAGAGUUGGAGGAGGGUGACAAGAGUGAUGAGUCCGGCGAAGAUCAAGGCCCUGCUGUCGUCAAGAGCAACGCUCCCAAAAGCGCAGUACAAAGGGAGCGCUACAAGGCUGGAGGAGUGCGCGCAUCAAACUCGACGUCAGCCUCAUCUGUCACACAGGCAAAGCGAACUCGGUCAAAGGAUCAUCCAGACGAAGGGCUCCUCGAUCUCACAGAACAUGCAUCGGGCGACAAGAAGAUCGAGAGGAGCAGGACUAAAGCACAGCCCACCCAUGAGAAGCCAGCUACCACACGCGCGGGCGAUGAUAGCAACGGUUGGACGGUCGUCCAACACGAGGCUGGCGACGAGCAGCAGGAGUCUCAAUCACCCCAGACGAACCCCAUACUGAGUCAAGCCGAACAAAACGAUCUCUUAAAACACCGUGCUUUUGCUGGUGCAGAUGUCAAGACGGACUUUGAUGCAGAAAAGGCAGCCCUGGUCGUGUCCGAGGAUGAGAAAGAAAUCGAUACCCAUCUUCCCGGUUGGGGCAGCUGGACAGGCGAAGGCCUUUCGAAGGGAGUGCGCAAAGCCAACAAUCGCCAGCGCCAUAACCCAUUAUACAAAACCAAACUAGCAGGCGUCAAAGCUGACGACCGCAAGGAUGCUCGUUUGGAGAAUGUGUUGAUCUCGGAGAAGCAAGAUCGCAAGGGCAAGAAGUACAAGGCUGACAUGCUGCCGCAUCAGUACGAAAAGAAAGAGCAGUACGAAAGGUCUCUAAGAGUGCCGGUCGGACCGGAAUGGGUGACCAAGGCGACAUUUCAAAAGAACACCAAGCCAAGAGUUGUGGUGAAGCCGGGCGCGGUGGUCCGGCCCAUGGAGCGGCCUUUGAUAUAGACUGGUGAAUACAUCGAAUUCAAACGUGUCGGUGUUUUGCCUCACGCGACUAGAGCGUAUGCGAGACAUUCUGUAUUUGGUUGAUGUGAUUUCGGAGAGUGGUUUCGAUGCAGGCCUACACUUGUGGAAUUCUUACAAUCGCAAGACUGCACCAAAAAGGGCGACAAGUCUAGUCCGACACUAGAUGUCCAUCUCCGCAGCGACGAUUGGACGCU